UGCCGCCUUGUGGCCCGCACGGGAGCCCAGUUCUCAAGAUUCACUGACACAGCACACCUGCCACCGUUUGGCCCCGUCUCCCAGUAUUAGCCCGGCACAAUGGCAGGCGGGGUCAAGAAGCCCGUCAACAUCUUCAAGCUCAGGCGCCUGGGCGAGCCCAGCGAGGUCUUCAACUGGCGCCUCUGGUUUGCCAUUCUCUCCUUCGCGCUCCUGGGCGCUGCCCGUGGUGUCGAUGAGGGUCUCAUCAGCGGCGCUUUCAACAGCAAGCACUUCCAGAACAGCAUCCAUUACAGUUCGUACUCGAAAGCCGAACAAGCCAACAUCAAGGCCAAUGUGUCGGCCAUGGUACAGAUUGGCUCCGUGGGCGGAGCUCUCAUUGCUUUCCUGGUCUGCGAUAGAAUCGGCCGCAUCUGGGCCACCCGCCAGCUCUGCGUCCUGUGGAUUGUCGGCAUCGCCAUCUUCCUGGGGUCCAACGGCAGUCUUGGGGCUAUCUACGCCGGCAGGUUCAUCGCCGGGCUCGGCAUAGGACAGACACCCGUCGUCGGACCCGUCUACAUUGCCGAGAUCGCGCCGGCCAGCAUCCGUGGCCUCUGCACUUGCUUCUUCACCGGCUUCGUCUACCUCGGCAUCGUCCUCGCCUACUUCACCAACUACGGCUGUCAAGUCAACAUGGGCGACACCACUGCCGCGCGAUGGCAAGUGCCCACGAGCCUGCACAUCAUGUUCGCCGGCCUCAUUUUCAUCCUGACCUUCUUCCAAUACGAGUCACCGCGGUACCUGGCGCUGAAGGACAAGCCCGACAUGGCGCUCCGAACCAUGUCCCGCCUCCGCAAGCUCCCCCAGGACCACGAGUAUGUGGUCACCGAAGUCAGCAUCAUCAACGCCGCCCUGCGCGAGGAAGCCGAGGCCACCAGGGACGCGGGCUGGCUCGGCACGCUCAAGGAGACCUUCGCUGACCCCAGCAACCUUUAUCGCUUCUUGCUCGCCAUCGCCGCCCAGAUCCUCUCGCAGUGGUCCGGCGCGGGCUCCAUCACCCUGUACGCGCCGGACCUGUUCCACCUGCUCGGCUUCGCCGACACCGACACGGCCCUGCUCGUGACCGCCAUCUUCGGCAUCAUCAAGCUCGUCGCGGCCGUCAUCUGCGCGCUCUUCCUCGUCGACGUCAUCGGCCGCAAGCGCUCGCUGCUGCUGGGCAUCGCCUGCCAGGCCGUCUCCAUGGUCUACGUGGCCGCGUUCCUGACCGCCGUGCCCCAACUCGACACCGCCAAGGCCCUGGAGGGAUCGCAGCUGGCCGCCUCCAAGGCCGCCGUGGCCAUGAUCUACCUGUCCGGCUUCGGCUGGGCUCUCGGCUGGAACUCGAUGCAGUACCUCCUCACGGCCGAGCUGUUCCCGCUGCGCAUCCGCGCCUUCUGCACCUCCAUGGCCAUGACGUUCCACUUUGCGAACCAGUACGGGAACUCGAGGGCCGUGCCCCCCAUGCUGCUGUCGGUUGCCGACGGCGGCAUCUCGCCGCAGGGUACCUUCUGGUUCUUUGCCGCCGUGACGCUUCUGGGCGGUUUGUGGGUGUGGUUCGCCGUGCCCGAGACCGCGGGGAGGAGUCUGGAGAGCAUGGAUCGCUUGUUCAGUUUGCCUUGGUACAAGAUCGGGAGAUAUGGCAACGUGGAGGCCGAGCUGGAGGAUGCGAGAGCUGCGAGCGAGGCGAAGGCCAAAGGGCUCCAGGAGGACGAGCCGAAGCAGGUGGUCGCCGAGGAGGUCGAUGCUGCGGCGACGCAGCGCGAGAAGGGCGAUGCUCGGGUAUGAUGAGAGGGGGUCAAUGGCUGCACUGGUCGUCGUGCUCGAGAGUUUAGCGCAGGCUUGAUGUUGGAUAGCCCUGUUUGUGCUUCUCCAUAUUGCUGACCCGAAAUUUCAAUUCUAGCUGGUCAUCCGGGCGGAAUGAAAAAGGCCUACCUACAACUGACAGUCAACCUGGCCACGCUACACAAACUGCCAGCCAAACAUGUGCUUGAACAGGCGGUACAAGUCUCCCCGUUCUGAAGUCG